AAAAUAUAGAGAACCCAAAUCUAAAACCAAACCAAAACGUGAGCGACUCUCCAGCUUGGUCCUAAGUCCUUGUCCUCACGUUCCGUCUCUCCUCCUACCUUAUUUGUAAUUCUUUCAAUAAUAAUGUCCAAUAAACAACCAAAUUCUCUCUUUUUCAGCUGAUUUCUUUCUUAAGUAUAGUAUUUUAUUCUCUCCGGCUUAUUCUCUUCGUUUUUGACAUGUUCAGCUCAAACUUGCCGUCUUUCCAAGAAUCUUAAACCAACCCCAUUUAAGUAUUUUACCCAAAAAGACUAAAGGUUCUUCCUCUUUGUUAGGUUCUCUGUUUACAACAUCAUUUUGGAAGAGUGCAAAUUGAAGGAUCCAUUUGAAUAAGUAUUGUGGAGAGGAAAUCAAGAACGGGCUUUUGGGGCGUUUGGUUUGCGAUUGCAGAGUAGAUGAGGAUUGAGUUUGAUGUGAAUUUUUAUUGCUAGUGAUGAACUAAUGAUAAGGUUCAACAAUGAAGUCAUUAAACAUGGAGAAGAGAUGGAUAUUUCCUUUGGUUAUAAGCUCAUUUGUGUGUUUCUUCCUUGUUGUAACCUCCUUUAACAUGGGCCUUAUUACUUCAUUACACACAUUCAAUUCAAUCUUUUCAAUUUUCCCAACUCAUGUCAAGAUAAAUCAAACCAACCCGUAUUUUGCUGAAUCGAAAAUUAACCAAGCUCCAGCCCCUCCUGCUGCUCCUCCUGUCCCCCGAUUCGCUUAUUUGAUAUCUGGAUCAAAGGGUGAUCUCGAAAAGCUUUGGAGAACGCUGCAAGCGUUGUAUCAUCCACGGAAUUAUUAUGUUGUUCAUCUGGACCUAGAAUCGCCUACACAAGAGAGAUUAGAGCUUGCUUCUAGAGUGGAGAAAGAUCCCAUUUUUGCGCAGGUUGGGAACGUGCACAUGAUCGCCAAAGCAAAUAUGGUGACCUACCGUGGACCUACCAUGGUUGCAAACACUCUUCAUGCUUGCGCGAUUCUCCUCAAGAAGUAUACGGAUUGGGAUUGGUUUAUUAACUUGAGUGCUUCUGAUUAUCCACUGGUGACUCAAGAUGAUUUAAUAUACACUUUUUCUGAUUUAAAGCGAGAGUUCAAUUUCAUUGAGCACACUAGCCGGCUGGGUUGGAAAGAGGGUCAAAGGGCAAUGCCGCUUAUUGUAGACCCUGGGCUCUAUAAGACAACUAAGUCUGACAUAUUUUGGGCCUCACCUAAGAGAGCUCUUCCCACAUCCUUUAAGCUCUUUACUGGUUCAGCGUGGAUGAUCCUCUCUCGUGCUUUUGUGGAGUACUGCAUAUGGGGUUGGGAUAAUCUUCCUAGGACCCUACUUAUGUACUACACAAAUUUUGUCUCUUCUCCUGAAGGAUACUUUCAGACCGUUGUGUGCAAUGCCCCAGAAUUUGCUACGACUGUUAUUAACCACGACAUGCACUAUAUUUCUUGGGAUUACCCUCCACGACAGCAUCCACACACUCUCAACAUUAAUGACACAGCAAAAAUGAUUGGAAGUGAUGCUGCUUUUGCACGCAAGUUCAAGCAAGAUGAUCCCGUUUUGGACAAGAUUGAUGAAGAACUCCUCCAUCGAAGCAAUGGAAGCUUCACACCGGGGGGUUGGUGUACUGGAAAACCUCGUUGUUCAAAGGUUGGAAAUUUAACGAAGCUUAAACCAGGUCCAGGGGCUAAAAGACUUCGGCGUCUUAUUGGUAAACUAGUUUUGUCAGCUAAAUUUAGUCAACACCAGUGUAAUUAGUUAUACUUUUCCUGCCUACUGAUGAAAAGGCGAGGGGGAAAGAGUUUCAUUUAUAGAGCCAGAGAAUAACAUAUUAACAUUAGAUUAUUUUGUAAUAUAUAAAGUUUGCCAUAUCCUUGCCACUAUUUUGGUGUUCCUGUUUUUGUAGCUACACUUGGACAGGAUAUAAGGUUCAUCUUUACUGCCCUA